AUGGAGGGACUAGCUCCGGCGCAAAGUGCAGGACAGAGACUUCCGGUUCGAUUGGCUUCACCUUCUCUGUACCGGUCUAUCGGCUCUGUCUCGAUCAGACGUUCGGUUUCAGGUUUCCCCAUGGACAGGAAGAUCAAUUUUAGGGCUCCGUCGCUUUUUCCGAUCCGGGCUCAACAGUCUGAUUUGAAGGAAAGCUUAGGUGUUGCUUCUUCUUCUUCUUCCUCUUCAGUAGAGAAUGCUAUUAGAAUCAAGGAAUGGGAAGUAGACAUGUAUCAGAACGAAAUAGCCAUUAGCCAAGGUGUUAGGAUAAGGAGAAAACCUCCAAGCAAGGCUCCUUUGGGAUACUCUGGACCAUUUGAGCUGAGAUUGCCUCACGACCAAGUUGCUGAUUCUCCUCGUAACAUCUUGGAGGAGAUCACAUGGUACAAAGACGAAGAAGUUUCGCGAAUGAAGGAACUAAACCCACUUGAGGCGCUGAAGAAAGCUGUAGAGGAUGCUCCUCCAACCAGGGAUUUUGUCGGUGCGCUUAGGAUGGCUCAUCAGAGAACUGGCUUCCCUGGUUUGAUCGCUGAGGUUAAGAAGGCUUCUCCAAGUAGAGGAAUCUUGAAAGAGAAUUUUGACCCGGUUGAGAUUGCUCAAGCUUAUGAACGAGGUGGUGCCGCGUGUCUCAGUGUUUUGACAGACCAGAAAUAUUUCAAGGGAGGUUUUGAAAAUUUGGAAGCAAUAAGAAACGCUGGUGUGAAGUGUCCUCUAUUAUGCAAAGAGUUUGUUGUAGAUCCAUGGCAGAUCUACUAUGCUCGGACUAAAGGCGCGGACGCAGUAUUGCUUAUUGCUGCUAUAUUGACUGACUUAGAAAUAACCUACUUGCUUGACAUCUCCAAGAAGCUUGGUUUGGCUGCGCUUGUUGAGGUACACGAUGAGAGAGAGAUGGGUCGUGUUCUUGGAAUAGAAGGGAUCGAGCUUGUUGGCAUCAAUAACCGAAGUCUUGAAACAUUUAAAGUGGACAUUAGUAAUACACAGAAGCUUCUUCAAGGAGAGCAUGGUAGACAAAUCCGCGAGAAAGACAUGAUCGUGGUUGGCGAGUCCGGUCUGUUUACACCUGAUGACAUUGCCUAUGUACAAGCUGCUGGAGUCAAAGCGGUUUUGGUUGGUGAGUCCAUUGUGAAGCAGAGUGACCCUGAGAAAGGAAUAGCUGGACUUUUUGGGAGGAACAUCUCUCAUACUUAG